GGCACCGGGCAUGAAUGCUGGCACAGCACCACAGGGGGACAGCUCCGAUGAGAGCGAGGCGGGGACAUCGGGCUUGGAGGAGGAUGAAAACUGCGAUAAUGAGGGUGGUCACGAUGAGAAAGAGGGCCUUUCAGAGAGUGCGGCUGUUCUGGACCAGGCAGAGAGGAGGCAUUUCCCCUGGCACCACCAUGUCAACGACGUCUUGGUUCCCAUGGCAACAGACGGGCGGCCAGCUACAGCCACGGCAGGUGAUACAGCCCUAGUCUCAAUCAGGGUCUGAGAUUGAGGGUUUCUGACAAAACUUGCAAGAGUUGUGUGAAACACUCAAAAACCUCUCAGAGUCACAAGAAAGAAUUGGUAGCAGAAAUUUAUCAGAAGUAAAAUCAAAAUCUACGUCGACCCCGGCAGGGCGGACGACAGCACCACCUAGUGGCGGAACAGUAACAUUGCACGAUUUUUUUCCAAUUUCUUACAAAAAGAUAUCCAGUUUAAAGAAAAGGGCUCAGGACAUCCCUGCUGUAAUGGAGCAACAGGACGAUACAGUAUGCAUUACAACUUCAGAAGGUGUUCCAGCCUGGGCAGUUUCAACUGAUGCCAGCUCAUCCAGCCAAGGACAAUCAGUCAUGAUACCAAAAGGUCCCCGAAAACAAUCCUCACAAACCUGGAGAUGACAGCUCAGAUCAUAAUGAAAGCAAGGACAAGGUUGCUGACAAUGGGUUUUGCUUGUGUCUCCACAGAGUGAGGACCAAAGUGGGUGCCAGCGAGACAUGUGAAGCCAUAUCGGACCCAGACGCAAGCAGACACAAACCCUGGAAGCGAAGAGGCGAGCACACAGACGGAAUCAGAAGCCGAGAUUGUGAACUCCUCCUUGAUCAACACAUAAGGAGUUCAAGGACUUGGGGUUUCUUUAAGGACUUGGGUGUCAUUGCAUUGCAAAAGAUUCUCACAUGGGGGAAAUCAUGAGCCCAAGGUUCAAUAUGGGGUUCAGUCGGAUGGUUUUGUGUUCCAUUCUUUUAUCAAUUGUCUUAGGCAAUAGGGCAGAUUUACCCAUGAUUCAAUCAAAGGAGAACGUUUGGGAAAGUUUAGCCAAUGCAGCAGGUUUGGACACCAUUUGUUUGACACACUCAAGGCCAAAAAAACCAUUCUCAACAUCUUUGGUGGGCUUGCCAGUGAAAGAUUGGCCAAUUCCAAAGGAUAUCCCUCCAAAGAUUUUGCAGGUCAUCUCGACUCCUGUGGAUGGAUGGCACGUUUGGACCCAAUUUCUUCCUGUGGCUCCUUUUGAACCUCAGGAAUUGGAAAGUCUUGGUUCGACAAAAAUGGAUUUUUGUAUAAAAUUCAAUUUUUCGGGAGUGACAAAAACCAAAACCGUAGAUGUUACUCCAAAUCAUGACAUUUAUAGAAAUGCUUCUUCUUGGUGUAACUACACUAAGAUUUUAAGCAAACCAUCCCUCCAAGUUCCUGUGCAAUUGCUUCGAGGAAUCUUUUUCAUUUGUGGGGACAGAAUCUGGCCUGCUAUCCCUGCAAACAUCAAGGGAGAUCCAUGCAGCAUUAGAAGACUUUCGUUGCUAACACCCAACUUGAAAAUUUUGAGAGAGAAAAAACAUAAAGAGAAAAGAUCAAUCAAACAAUAUGAUCCAGAUUGUGAUGACAGUGUUUAUACAUGGAACAAGGCUCAGAGAAUUGCUUUAGCGAUAUUCUCACCCCAGGCAGCAUCAGGGCAAGCCUUGACUCAAUUGCAUCACAUGGGUUGUUGGCUGAGCAAACACGCUCGUGCUAUUUCUCUUGCACUAAGUGACAUGUUAACCAAUGUCGACAGUGUAAGAUUAACCACUCUUCAAAACAGAGCAGCAAUUGAUUAUCUAUUGCUGACACAUGGGCAUGGGUGUGAAGAAUUUGAGGGGAUGUGCUGCAUGAACCUGUUCGAUCAUUCAAAAUCUAUUCAUGAAAACAUAAAGCAGCUGCAAGAAGGUGUGGCCCAGCUUGGGGAAGUUACUGGAUCAUGGUUGUGUUUGACUUUUUUGACCUUUCACCAUUGUGGAAGGAACUUUCGAAGAUAGGGUUUUAUAUAUUAGUAGGGCUUGUAAUUCUUCUGCUCAUUCUGCUGUCCAUAUUUCAAUGCAUGGCCAUGAACAGGGCCACAAAAGAGGUGGUUUUGGUUGAAACAGCGGGGGGAGAUGUGGAAACCCAGGACAUCCCUCUGGCUGCUUACCUAAGUAGAUUUGCUGGACUGUGAUGUAAUCAGUGUGCCAGGCCUCCCCAUAUUUAUAUUUCAACCAUCAUCCCCCAUACCACAGGGGCUUUACCCACUUGGCCUGUUUGAUUUCAAUGCAUGUUUCACAGCUAUGGAUAGCCUGGGAGACAGUUGUCCAUCAAGUCCACCCCUCGAUCACAAGCCCAUCUGUAUGUUGCAUUUCUUCCCUGAUGACCUCAGGCAUCAUGGGCUCACUGAGCCAGAAAUAAUUCACCCUUGUAUUGCCAGUCCAGAUCCACCUGAGACACUUUAAUCUUGGCAGCUAUAUUUACUUGUCCAUUGUGAUGUUCUUCAGUAGCCUGACUUGGGUACAUGUGAAUCUACAUUACAGUAAUUUC